GCGUGGAGCACAGUGGCAGCGGAGGCGCACAUGGAGCACAGUGAGUCGCGGGAGGCGGGUCUCUGCGCGGCAGUGGCGUGCUUGCAGGCACAGCGGCUUUAUAUCGGCGUCAAGAGGAAGCUUCUGUGGGGAGGAGACUCGUCCGUGGUUCAUUUCUGCGAGGCGCAUCUGCCAGAGGGCUGCCACCUCGUGCUCACACAGGCCGGCAGGCGAGUCAAGGAGCUUAUAGCGGGUACAGGCCACUCCAGCAGCCACGGCAGUGCUAGCUUUGGCAGUGGUGGUGGAAGUGGUGCGGGAGUUGCUGCUGCUGGUGGGCGUCGAAGAUCGGAUGAAUACCUUGACAAACGGCAGCAGCAGCAGCAGCAGCAGAAGCAGCAGCAGCUGUUGGAAGCACAUUCGCCAGAGGAGGAGGAGGACGAGUCGGAGAUGGAGCUGAAGCGCAGCAUCAGCGUGGGCAACGAGCUCAGGAACCGCAGGAUGCGACCCACCAUGCACAGCAGCAGCAGCAUUGGUGGCGGCGGGGGCAGCGGCAGUGCAGAAAGAAGUGGGGGAAGAGCAGGGGGAGGGGGGGAGGGGGGGGAGUGGAGCAUCGGAGGUAUGUUUCCCCUCAGCGGCAGCAGCAGCACGGGCAGCCCUGGGAACAGCAGCAGCGGCGGGGGUGGUGCUGCUGGUGCUGGUAGCGGUGGUGGCAGCGGGUACGGUGGUGGUGGUGGCGGUAGUAUGGGUCGUGUUUUUCGGCGCAUGUCACGCAAGCACAGCAGCAGCUUUUCCGAAUCAGAAGAUGAAACCCUACCCGACCAACCCUGCCCUGUCCGAACCAGCAGCGGAGGCUCGGACCACCGCCGACUUCCCUACCACCUCAACCUCCUAGGUCCAGGAAGGCGUGUAGCUUCGGUCGCAGGCUCGGCGUCCGGACCAGCCGAAGACUCCGACGACCCGAACCACACCAGAGGCUCCAAACCUCCUCCCAGACCUCCCCGAGGCUCGGGACGAGGCUCGGAAAUGGAGGAAGCGGAGUAUGAAGGGGAGCAUGGGGAGGAUGGGGAGUUGCCCUCUCCCGGGCUUGUCAUGCGCUCCCGAACCACCCCUUGCCGAAGAUCCUCGGGGGCGGGAGGCGAGCUGGAAGGAGCGGCAGCAGCAGGCGGAACUUGGAGUGCUGCUGCUGGCAGCGGUGGAAGCCAUGGCAUGGGCGGCCCUCCUCCCGCCUCGCCUACCCUCUGCUCUUCCUCCUCCUUGUCCGCACCCAGACGAUCUAUCUCUCGCACACUCAGCAGGGAGCGCAGGCAGCAGGCAGCAGCAGUGGCAGGAGCAGGAGCAGCGGUAACCGGCACUGGAGGGUUUCAGCUCACCGCUGCUGCCGCCGCUGUUUCAGGGCUUGCUGCCCCUCCUCCCCCUCCCUCCUCCCUCCCCUUCCACUUCUCAAGUCUCAUAAUCCCCCCGCACCCCUCCUCCGGGUCCGGUGUUCUUAUAACGGAAGAUGCUUAUAAUGAUGGUGAUAGCGAUAGUAGUGAGCCGAGGCCGGGGACGCCCAGGGGAGAGACGGAGAAAGAGGCUCGGCAGCUCGGGUCGUCUAGGCUCGGCCCGAACCUGCCGGGCGGUUUUGGUCCGAGCCAGGGGAUGGAGGCUCGUCAGGGGGGAAGGGGCAGGCACAGCAGGCACAUGUCGUGGGCUGGCCCGGAUGUCAUGGGGGGAGGAGGUGGGGGUGGAGGUGGGAGGUUUAGACUGUCGCCUGGGGAAGCGGCUGGUCGUGAGGGCGGUAUUCCUAGGCAAGGGAACAGUGCUUUUGGUGCUGGUGGUGAUUCCAAGUCCCCCAGAAGCCUCAUACCCCCAGGCCUACCGUCUCCUGCUUCUGCUGCUCCUGCUGUGGCUCACCACCCUUCCUUCUCCUCCUCAUCUCGUCCCAAUAUAGCCGAGCAGGUAGUGGCACUGGCAGGGCAGUGGGAAAUGUUUUCAAACAGGGCGGGAGAACAGGGAGGAGAGGGGGCAGCAGGGGGAAUGGCAGGAGCAGGUAAUUCUGGGGCAGGUGGAGCUGCCAGGCUGGCUCAGGCUCCCCGCCGCACUGUGCCAAAACAUUUCCGGGCAGGUAGCUGGGACCCGGGCAGGUUGAGCUUGAGUGAUGAAGACUCGUUUCCGGAGAAUGUGCGAGGAGGGGGAGGAAUGGCAGGGGCAGGGAAAGGGGCAGCAGGAAAAAGGGGAGGGGGAGGAGGGGGAGCAUGGGAGGGCGGCUCCCUUGCGCCGUGCUCUCUCCUCUUCCUCCCCGGGCCUGAGUACGAGCCUGCUGGGCCUGCCAGGUUCGGCGUUCGAACGAAUCAGCGGCACCGAGGCUCGGCACAGGCUGCCCAAGAUGCCCUCCAGCAACGGCAGGCUCGGCGAGGAGGCUCGGCCGGGCCUGCUGGAGGGGAAGCGGGAGAGGGGAGCAUGAGCGGUGGCAGCAGCAGCGGCAGUGGGCUGGACAUGGACAUGCUGCUGGGGGAGCUGCAGCAGCUGAGGCAAGAGGCCCUCGCGAAACAGGCAGCGGCCCAAGCUCAGUUCUGCAAGGACGGGGAGUCCAGCAACCCCCUCUCCACCAGUUCAGACCUCUACCCUGGCGGCAACUGCGCCCCUAAUUCCGGCCACAGCCACAGCCACAGCCGCAGUAACAGUCACGGCAACAGCAAGAAUACCAGUGAGACCAUCAGCCGCAACGCCACAGGCUUGGGCAGCCGUCCUCUCUCGUCGGGCAGCCAAAACAACGCAAGCAGCGGCAGCGGCGACGACGCAGGCAGCAACAUGCUUCGCAGCGCGCUGGCAGCAGAAGGAGAUCUGACCGACCUCAGCGACUUCACUCACCUCCAUGGGCGCCCUGGCCCCAUGGGUCAUGCUGUGGUCAAUUCCAGUAGGAAGAAUGGGAGUGGGAGUGGAGGGCGAGGGUACGAGGAGGUGUGGGAUGAUGAAGACGGGGGCAUGCACGGCGAUGGUGGGAGUUCCAAUGCUACCCCGCCUGCCGUCAGCAAUGAGCCUGUUGCAGGCAAUGAUGACGAUGAUGCUGUCAGCUCCUCCUCCACCUCCUCUUUCGACUCUACGGAGUUCGUCCGCAAGGUCACUGAGAGGGCCCGGCUGGCUGCCUCUGCUUCUGCCAACGCUGCCACUGCUGCUGCUGCUACCGCUGCCUGC